GAUUUUUCCAAGCCAACAGUUAGAAAAUGCCAGUAUCUUCAUAGAUGAUGAUAGAUGAAGAUGAAGAGUAUCUUGUCGCUUUAACAAGGGGAUAUACCCCGAAGUGGAGGAUGCAGUCAUGGUAAAUGUAAGGAUCAUUCCUGAAAUGGGCGCCUUCGUUCACCUGCUCGCAUACAACAACACAGAGGGAAUGAGUUUGCUGUCCGAGUAUGUCCCGAAGACGUAUCAGGUCCAUUAACAUCCAACUGUGGUAGUCAUUAGGGUGGACAAAGGGAAGGGAUACCUAAAUUGAUCUAUCCAAACGACGAGUCAGCGUUGAAGAUGUAGAGAAAUGCACUGAACGUUUCGGAAAAGCGAAGACGAUGAAUUCAAUCCUCAGACACGUAACUGAGUCUGAUGAGCUGCUGGAGGAGUUGGAUCCAAAAACUGCCUGGCACUUUGAGGAGAAGUACAAGAAGAACAAGGCCUCGGCUUGUGAAUUUUAUGUGAAGAGCCGAACUAGAAAAGCCCGAAGUCGCUGGCAACGACGAUGAUGAAGAAGCCCAAGAAGGCCAGCUCUACAGCGAAGGAGAACAGGGCUAAGAAAACGGUGCAGACGGAGGCAACACCGAUUAAGCAACACUUUUCGUUAAAUGUUUAAUUUUCUAUUGUUCGAAUGCUCAUUAAGCCCAUUUUCUACCAAAAAGUAAUAAAAUAUGAAUACAUUUAAUUGGGUUUGGGUUAAACGAAACACCUACAAUCCGGACCUGCUCCAAGCAAAGAUUGGCAAGUUUACUCAAUUGAUUAGGCUGCUAAGUAUUUUGAGUGGCUUUGAUUGCGGAGCAGAUUUGAAUCAUCAGUGGCAUAUUGAACGUGGACAAAAGCGGCUUCAAGUGCAAGCAAAAUGAGUGAAAUUCUUCGCAAGACCGAGGGCAAGGAGAGGAGAUUCAAGAAAGCCGUCAACUUGAAAGUGCGGAUAAACACCCAGGCACCUGGAACAUCAAAUGGGGGUUCGGUUUCUUCAAGCCCCAAUAAAACUAGCGACUCGUUUCCCGCACUGGAAGAACUGCUGCAAUGCGGCAUUUGCCUGGAGCGGCUCUCCAAUCCCAGAAUGUUGCCGUGCCAGCACACAUUCUGCCUCAACUGCCUCAAAACUCACGUGACUGCAAAAAACUUGCGGUUCCAGCAAACGAAUGCGUCCAUUUCCCUCAACAACGAAAUCGAAUCGAUGUCCUGCCCGGUUUGCCAAAGCCACAUCGCUCUGGCCGAGGGUAUCGCCUCCCUGGACCAGCUGCCUCGCAACCUCUACCUCCAAUCGCUCCUCAAAGUGGUGGAGGAAUCGCCCACCUCUCCCAAAGUGACCGAGAACUUUCGCUGCAUCAACUGCCAGAUGGUUUCCGCGCAGCAGGAGCAAGUGUGCCAACACUGCAUGCAGAUAUUCUGCAGCGUCUGUUGGAACGCCCACUUGGUCGGGCUGGAGUCCAAUCUGUCGCUGCUCGUUGAGCAGCUCAAUGAGUGUGAAGAGCGGCUGAAGCAUAAACUGGAAAACUUCCUGGGCAGGUGCAGCACUCUAGAAGAGAAGAUCCGCAAGGCGACUGUGCAGAAAGUGGAAGCGAUUUUAAGGGAGGAAAGGCGGCUGCUGGAAGAAGCAUCCAGCAUUAAAAAAGAAGGGGGGAUCGCGUCCGAUGUGCUGUCGGACAGCAUCUCCAAACUGAAGGAGGACAUCCGCAUUAGGGCCAAGGACAGGACGUCCACUCAAAAAGUGUUGACGUAUCUGAACCUCCACCGGGAAACCUCCAAGGUGCUGGACCAGGUGGGGUACUUCGGAGAAGCGCGCAUCGCUUUCGAUCCAGACACCUUCAAGCUGGAGCAGAUCUCCGAAGGGAUCUACAAUGACGACCACAAUCACCAGCAGCAGAAUCAGGGCGAUGUGGUGGGCAAUCCGUUUGAGAGUGUGGAUUCAAUGGCCAAAUACUACAAGUGCAG